ACAGCCCCUACGCGCAUGCGCGCUCCCCCCGCCCCUACCGAAAUCUGCCCCCGCCACAGGAGCCGCCCUAGCAACAAGGCUGACCUCACCGCGCACCAAUCAGAGCUCGGCAGCGCUCGAAUCUUCCAGAGUUUUCCUCGCGGUCAGCCAAUCGGCACCCGCCUUCCUUACUGCUGCACCAAUCAGUGCCGAGCUUGCAGUCGGUUGCAGUGUUCGUUUCACCGCACCUCCAGAUCCAUCCGCGCCCCCCAAAAUUUGGGGGUUUUUGAGGGACUGGGGCCUGACGCGAAGAACCCGGGACCUCCCUCGCUCCUGGAAAGGAGACGGCCGAGGAACGAAGGCGGGUGCUUCGCUCAACGGGGGUCUUUGGCUUGGGACUAUUUUGAGAGGCGGAAGGACACGUCAACGUUCGGGGCGGGGCCUUCUGACAGGAACUGCAUAAAUACGGGCGGGGCUGCGUCACCGCGCAGAGACACAGCUGCAGACAAAAAGGAACAGAGUGCGGAGGGAGCGGAGUCCAGGGCCGAAGACUUCAACAUGCAGAUCUUUGUGAAGACCCUGACUGGCAAGACCAUCACUCUCGAGGUUGAGCCCAGCGAUACCAUUGAGAACGUGAAGGCCAAGAUCCAGGACAAGGAAGGCAUUCCUCCUGACCAGCAGAGGCUGAUCUUUGCAGGCAAGCAGCUUGAAGACGGGCGCACCCUGUCCGAUUACAACAUCCAGAAGGAAUCCACCCUCCACCUUGUCCUGCGCCUGAGAGGUGGCAUGCAGAUCUUUGUGAAAACCCUGACUGGCAAGACCAUCACCCUCGAGGUUGAGCCCAGUGACACCAUCGAGAAUGUGAAGGCCAAGAUCCAGGACAAGGAAGGCAUUCCCCCUGACCAGCAGAGGCUGAUCUUCGCUGGCAAGCAGCUUGAAGACGGGCGCACCCUGUCUGAUUACAACAUCCAGAAAGAGUCCACCCUGCAUCUUGUGCUGCGCCUGAGAGGUGGCAUGCAGAUCUUUGUGAAGACCCUGACUGGCAAGACCAUCACCCUCGAGGUUGAGCCCAGCGAUACCAUUGAGAACGUGAAGGCCAAGAUCCAGGACAAAGAGGGCAUUCCUCCUGACCAGCAGAGGUUGAUCUUUGCAGGCAAGCAGCUGGAAGAUGGUCGCACCCUGUCUGACUACAACAUCCAGAAGGAAUCCACCCUCCACCUUGUCCUGCGCCUGAGAGGUGGCAUGCAGAUCUUUGUGAAAACCCUGACUGGCAAGACCAUCACCCUUGAGGUUGAGCCCAGUGACACCAUCGAGAAUGUGAAGGCCAAGAUCCAGGACAAGGAAGGCAUUCCCCCUGACCAGCAGAGGCUGAUCUUUGCAGGCAAGCAGCUUGAAGAUGGACGCACCCUGUCCGAUUACAACAUUCAGAAGGAAUCCACCCUCCACCUGGUGCUGCGCCUGAGAGGUGGCAUGCAGAUUUUUGUGAAGACCUUGACUGGCAAGACCAUCACCCUUGAGGUUGAGCCCAGUGACACUAUUGAGAAUGUGAAGGCCAAGAUCCAGGACAAAGAGGGCAUUCCUCCUGACCAGCAGAGGUUGAUCUUCGCUGGCAAGCAGCUGGAGGAUGGUCGCACCCUGUCUGACUACAACAUCCAGAAAGAGUCCACCCUGCAUCUUGUGCUGCGCCUGAGAGGUGGCAUGCAGAUCUUUGUGAAGACCCUGACUGGCAAGACCAUCACCCUCGAGGUUGAGCCCAGCGAUACCAUUGAGAACGUGAAGGCCAAGAUCCAGGACAAGGAGGGCAUUCCCCCUGACCAGCAGAGGCUGAUCUUUGCAGGCAAGCAGCUUGAAGACGGGCGCACCCUGUCCGAUUACAACAUUCAGAAGGAAUCCACCCUCCACCUUGUGCUGCGCCUGAGGGGUGGCCGUUAGUUACUGUGCAUCUUGCUUGAUGAGAUUGCUGGUAGCACUUGUGUUUGCACUGUAGUCCUUCUAAUGUCUUAAAUUAAAUGCAAGGUUAAUGCAAGCUUAAGUUACUGCUGAACUGUGUGUUGAAAUGCUAAUAAAGUUUUCUGUUGCACAUUACAA